AUGCUGAAGGUUGCGGGGAGGAGGCUCUCGUCUUCCCUCUCCUGGCGCCCUGCGGCAACCGGCGGAGCCAGGGGCCCGCUCGCCGGCGCCGGCAGACCUAGGAGAGACGACGGCGAUGGUUCGACCUACCAGCGGCGGUUCGCCAUCGAGUCCCCCUUCUUCACCGCCGCGAGAGGCUUUUAUUCGGCUGAAACACUUUUUCCACGAAACCAAGAUGCUAGGUUGGUUGAACUCCCAGCCACUGUUGCUGCACUGAAGAACCCCAACUCAAAUAUCCUUUAUGACCGGUACAACCAUGAAAGAUAUCCUCUUGGAGAUCCCAGCAAGCAUGCCUUUGCCUACUUUGUUCUGAGUGGUGGGAGAUUCGUAUAUGCGUCACUGCUGGGUCUCCUUGUCUUGAAGUUUGUCAGAAUGUCAGCAAGUAAGGAUGUGCUUGCACUUGCUUCCCUUGAGGUUGAUCUAUCCAGCAUUGAACCCGGCAGCACAGUGACUGUCAAGUGGCAUGGAAAGCCAGCCUUCAUCAGGCGACGGAGAGACGAUGACAUCAAGCUGGCCAACAUCGUGGAUGUUGCAUCCCUGCGCCACCCAGAGCAAGACGCUGAGCGUGUGAAGAACCCAGAGUGGCUGGUGGUUAUUGGUGUCUGCACUCAUCUUGGUUGCAUUCCCCUUCCCAACUCUGGAGACUUUGGUGGCUGGUUCAACCUGUGCCAUGGCUCCCACUAUGACAUCUCUGGCAGAAUCCUCAAGGGCCCUGCCUCGUACAACCUUGAGGUGCCCACCUACAGUUUCUUGGAAGAUAACAAGAUGGUCAUAGGCUAAGAGCCUAAA